CCGUCUUUACUUUGAUUUGUUGGUAUAAAAAAUAGCGUUAUCCUGAGAGGAAACUUUGAUAAAGAACAUGAAAAAGAAGCCUGAUGAGUAUUAGAAGCACAUUUGAUCCCAUAGGACCAAGCUAAAUAUGUUGGUCUCAGAUGGAGUCCAGCAUAUUUGGCUUGAACCUGGUCAGGACUGCAACAGUGAAUGCAUAAUCCUGACAGUGAAGCACAGAGGUGGGAGUGUGACAAUAUGGGGCUGCAUUAGUGCAAAACUUGACAUUCAUAGAUGGUAAAUCUAAACUAUUUUUAUUUUACAUAUAGGAAAUACUACACAAGUUCAAAGCAAUGUGAUUACUGUAAUGUGGUAUAAUUUUUAAAACAUCAGACAAUUCAGUGAUACUACAUAUAUAUUAUAUGUGCACUUGUGCAUACAGUAUGCAGGGACAUGACUCUUCUUUUUUGUUGUGUUUUCUUAGACAUUGAUUUGGAUUUUGUGUUGAGGUUUUGUAUUUGGGACAUUUACUUCCCUCCAGCUGUUUGUGUUAUCAGUGUACAUGCAACCAGGUGACAAAUUAAAGGAAUCAAUUAGUGAGGUAGUGAAAACAAAUGCUGCCUUACAAAGCAUAGGGUGUCACUGAAAGGUUAGUGAUAAUUUUGUGAGUCAUUUGCACUUUAGAGUCACCAGACCUCAACCCAGCUGAUCACCUACAGUAUGGGACCAGCUCUCUUCAUCAAAAUAUCAUAUAAUUUUGGGAAGAACGAUGUUCAUCCCUUUGGUCAAGGAGAUUAAGCCUGGAUCACCAAAAUAAAUGUUUUUUGGACAAAAUUUUAUUUUAAAAGCUUUAAAUUAAACUUGAUUAUAUUUUCACUGAAAGUAAACAAACCAAUACAACCUUAGGCAGUGCAGUGUGUAUAAAAUGAUUAAAAAAACAGAAAUUACUUUACAUAAGGCAAAAACUAUUACAUUGACACUAUGAACAAAAGCACGUGCCCAAGACCAAACCAAAAAGGUAGAAAGAGAGAAAAAAAAUCCUGUGACGUAAAAAAGCUUUGACUUCCUGUGAUGCAUCUGAUGAUAAGCUAACCCUUAGUUCCACAGCUCAUUCACAGUCUGAGGCAUCAGCGGCACCACAGCUCUGAGGUAAUGGUACAUUUCCAUCCACCACACAUCACACAGCCCCUGGCAGCUGUUGAUUUCACUGUCUUUUUCAAAAGAUGGCAGCUUGACAACUAUCAAUAUUUACGAGAAAGAUGUGACUGCUGAGACAUGUGGACUUACAAAAACAAUAGAGCCGGCUAUGAUAAGGAAUGUUUUCCUCCUAUCCACAGAGCGACACUCCUAUCCAAGAAGGCAUGAGGGGUCGUCAGCUCCUGUUUGUGCUUUGCUGCUCCAGCAUCCUCGCAGUGACCAGCUGCAUCACAGCCGAUGGACUUUUAUGUGUGAAUGACUACUGGCACACUGUUACUUGUGUAUUGAACAUCUCUGACAAUCCGGUUAGAGAGUCAAACUCUAACUACAGCCUGAAUUUCAUCGAUGUCGAUCCCAGCUUUGGAGGGACUGUCUCCUGUCCGCUCACGGUGGUGAAUCACAGUUACAGAUGUGACUGUAAACUCAAGAACGAAGAAGAAGAUUAUUUUGGUGAUUUUGAUAAUUACAGGAUAGAAGUUUGUGCUGGAUCUGACUGCCACUUUGUAACAGAUUUUGACCCAUCAGAAAACAUUCAGCUGACGCCACCGCCUGAACUUGUGGUCCAAAGAACAUCCAAAACUUUGAACAUUACCUUUAAAAGUCGGUAUGACAGCACUAACACUGACCGACUAAUCGCCGACUCCCUUAAGUAUGAGCUCCUGCUUCAAACUUCUCAAAGAAACACGGUAACAAACAAAACUCUUACUCUGAGCUCGCCUGAGAGGUCUAUGUCGAUUGAUGAAGAAUCCCAGCUCACAGCAGAUGCGCAACAUUGCAUUAAAGUGAGAUAUACAGUUAAUAAAGAGUACAGUGGAGUCUGGAGCGAAUGGAGUCAACCGACGUGCUGGAAAACCAAAGCAGAAGAAACUUUCUCAGAACAAGACAAUAUCUUUGUCAUUUUGGUCAAAUGCCUGGGCCCAGUGUGUGCGUUUGCCGGAGUCCUGCUGUUUGUGCUCUACAGUCCCACUGUGAGGAUGAAGAUAAAAACUCUGUCUCACACACCGUCGCCGGCACCUUUCUUUCAGCCGCUAUUUAAGCAACAUCACGGCAACCUCCAGGAAUGGCUUUCGCCUCAUGGACAAGUUGUUCUAACGUACAAAACUGAGGAGAUCUUAACAACUGAUGUUGUGGCUGUUGUGCCAAAAUCCAUCACCAAGGACCCAGAGGAGAACCAGGAAUUACACAACCCUUCAAUAACACAACUGGCACUCACUCAGUGUCAAACCUCCUAUGUCAGCUUACCUGGGAUGCAUAAGGCCCCUCCUCCUAUAACUAUGAUCUGUCCAAAGGACACUUCUUACACUCAGCUCCCUUGCUCUCUCUGGGGCCUUGGCAUAGCAAAAACAGAAGUUUCCUCCCCUCCAGUUGAAGAUUUCUUAGAGAUCAGCUCUGCCGACUCUGGUUGCAACUGUGAGGGUCUCACCCAAAGCCCAGAGUGCAGUAUGCCAAACAGUCCCAUUGAUGACAAUCCGCCACCAUGUUACAGUAAUGAUUACUGCAUUCUCAAUAAAACAGCCGAGGGUAUUGUUCCUGUGUUAGUGUCCAAAGAAAACUGUGUAAAAGUUUUGCCUGAUUCAGUGGAGAAGGGUGACAGCUAAAUGCUCCGUCAGUUGAAAGCACAAUAGCUCUAUAUUACAGAACAGGGUCAAGAAUUUGACUUGAUAACUGCAAAAACUCUCGCUGUAUUCUGUUCUGUGUUCCUAAUCACUCUUCUUAUCAAGAAAUUCCAGAUUUGUGCUUGAAUUCCACAGCACAUCUCUGCUGCAUUUGAAUGUAUCUUACUAUUAUUCUUUUAUGAAGCAAACCGCACCAACACAACACACAUGGGAGGCUUUUGCUUGGGCUGACUUGCAUAUGUUAAUCUUGGCACACUGGUCAUACCGACUGCAGAAUAUAUUGACAUGUGAAUGUGUGUGAUUUUCACAUCAGCUUUCUAUGAAUCACGUUUUCAUUUAUGUGUAGCAUUUUUUUUUUAUUUGUCUUGUUUACAAAAUGUUUUAAUAAAUAACUAAAGAGACAGAAAAUAA